UGCUUAUUCACCAGGGAAAAAUGUUGCAGAAGAUUUCUCAGUCUAUUUCUUUAUGUAACGGCGAUCAAUUUAAGCCGUUAAUAUACCUCGCCGGAGCUCCGACGAACUUCAUCUCUUCCCCUCUCUCAGGCAAGAAGAAAUCAUCUUCUCUGAGAAUUAAAAGGAUACAACAACUUCAAAGUACAUUAGAAGAUAGAAUAAAUCCACCACUAGUAUGUGGAACAGUAUCGCCACGUCUUAGUGUUCCUGAUCAUAUACUAAAGCCUCUAUAUGUUGAGUCUAGCAAAGUUCCAGAGAUAUCAAGUGAAUUACAGAUUCCUGACUCUAUAGGCAUUGUGAAAAUGAAGAAAGCGUGUGAGCUCGCGGCUCGUGUAUUAGACUAUGCAGGAACUUUGGUUAGACCGUUUGUUACUACAGAUGAAAUUGAUAAAGCAGUGCAUCAGAUGGUUAUUGAGUUUGGUGCAUAUCCUUCACCUCUUGGAUAUGGUGGAUUUCCUAAAAGUGUUUGUACAUCGGUUAAUGAAUGUAUGUUUCACGGGAUUCCCGAUUCUCGUCCGCUACAGGUUUGGAGUAGCAUGAGAAUUCUCUUUUGUAGUAUAUAUGUAACACCCCGGUUUCAGGAAUAUGGUGGUGCAUGCGGAGAGGUUUAUAAUAUAUCACUAAUCAACAACUUCUUGUAUUCAGAAUGGAGAUAUUAUAAACAUCGAUGUUGCGGUUUACUUGGAUGGGUAUCAUGGAGAUACGUCAAAGACUUUCUUAUGUGGAGACGUCAAUGGAAGCCUUAAACAACUUGUCAAGGUUAAUGUGUGCCUCUAACUUUCGAACUCUUAGGAACCUGUUAGAAGCUGACAUAGUUAUUGUUCUUAAAGGUCACAGAAGAAUGCUUGGAGAAAGGUAUAUCGGUUUGUAAAGAUGGAGCAAGCUUCAAACAAAUCGGGAAGAUAAUCAGGUACUAAAUAGUACUAAUCCCAUUCAAGGGAAGUUAGGAGGAUCAGUUUUAAUUAUAUUUUCAACAGUGAGCAUGCUGCAAAGUAUGGCUAUAAUAUGGAGCGAUUCAUCGGUCAUGGUGUAGGAACGGUAUUACACUCGGAACCUCUUAUAUAUCUUCAUAGUAACUAUGAUUAUGAACUUGAAUAUAUGAUUGAAGGUCAAACUUUUACGCUCGAACCAAUUCUCACCAUUGGAACAACAGAGUUUGUAACAUGGCCUGACAAAUGGACAAUUGUGACCGCAGAUGGUGGUCCGGCCGCACAGUUUGAGCAUACAAUUCUUAUUACCACCACUGGUGCAGAAAUUCUCACCAUAUCAUCAUGAAUUAUAUCACAAUGUUACGGAAUUUACAUUAUGAACCAUCCAUUUCUGUUGUAAAUAAAAGAAAAUAUAAACUGUUUGGUUCUGAGCAGUUGAUGUUGGUGUCGUUGGCAAUUCCUAUCCCUGUGAUAAAUGGUGGAUUGGUUCU